AUGAUCAAAGACUCUGCGCUGAGCGCCAUCGUACGACUCUGUCUCCAUGGCAAAUACUGGCCUCGGCCUCUAAAACCUGAAGAUGCCGCUAUUCGUUUGACGGCAGGACAGUCGGAUACAGAACCGGAGAAAGAGGCGGUUACAGUAACCUGGAAUGGUCCAGAGGACCCUGACAACCCGCUCAACUUCUCGACCGCCAAAAAGGGUGCCAUUACUGCAUUAACCUGUCUGUACACAUGGGCCAUCUAUGUUGGCUCUUCCAUUUACACCUCAAGUCAAGCCGGUGUGCAGAAGGAGUUUGGUGUCGGCACUUUCGAAGCGUCUAUGGGUCUGGCUCUGUAUGUUUUGGCAUAUGGUCUUGGUGGUUUGGUCUUUUCUCCCCUCUCAGAAGUGCCUUCGAUCGGCAGGAAUCCUCCAUACGCCAUUUCAGGAGCACUAUUCGUUGUUCUGUGCAUCCCCACCUCGCUCGUGCGCAGUUACGCCGGCCUCAUGGUGUUGCGAUUCCUGCUUGGCUUCAUGGGUUCUCCUUGUCUGGCCACAGCAGGUGCCACGCUCGGAGACAUAUGGGGCCCGGUCAAAUUUCCUUACUUCAUCGGAUUGUGGGCAGGCACAACAUCAUUUGGACCUGCCUUGGGACCGGUAUUGUCCUCUUUUGCCGUGGAGACGAUGGGUUGGAGGUUCUCGAGUUGGGAGUUGCUCAUCAUCACCGGAUCCUUUUACUCGAUGUUCAUGGUACUGAUGCCGGAAACUUCAGCUCCCACGAUCCUGUACUAUCGAGCAAAGAGACUGAGAGAGCUCAAUAGUAAUGUGAAUUUCAGGUCUGAGGAAGAACUGAGGCAAGCGCAUCUCAGCGUCGGCCAGCGAUUGUGGAAUUCGACAGUAAAGCCCUGGGAGGUCAACAUCAAGGAUCCAGCUCUGCUGUUUAUGACACUUUACAUGGGCUUGCUUUAUGCAAUCCUCUACUCCUUCUUCGAAUCACUCCCACUUGUGUAUCCGCCAUUGUACGGCUUUUCGGAGACGUCGACAUCCCUUAUUUGGUUGGUGACACCUCCAGCUGUCGUUUUCGGCUUCCCAGUACAUUGUCUGUGGCUGGCCAAGAGGGUCCAACCCAAAUUACAGGAUGGUACGUUUGGUGACCUGGAGAAUUUUCUGGAAGAGGGUGUCGUUGCAAGUGUGUUGAUGCCUGCUUCACUGUUUAUGUUUGGUGAGAUAACUUACCUGUUCAUCCCGGAAGUGAAGAUGAGGGAGCUGACUUGUCAAUCCGCAACUACAGCAUGGACAGCUCGAUCAUCUAUUCACUGGAUCGUCCCAACUAUUGCCAUCUUCCUCUACAUGGUGGCAAUGUAUUUCCUCAGUAAUUCGGUGUUUCUGUACAUCCCAGCGAUUUAUCCUCGGUAUGCCGCCAGCAUCUUCGCAGCAAACAGCGUCUCUCGGUCCAUUUUGGCCUUUGUCGCUGUGCUGGGGGGACGAGCAAUGUUCAAAGGCAUCGGAAUCGGCGGAGGAGUAAGUUUGCUGGCAGGCCUGACCGCCGCUUGCGCUGGACUUUUGACAGGUUUGUACUGGAGCUGGGGAAAGAAGCUGAGAGCAAGGAGUCGUUUUGCAGCCUGA